AUGAGUCAGGAGGAAUCGGCAGCUUCAGAUGGGAUAGAAGUGGAGGACGAUGAUGAAACGGCGAUUGCAGAUUUGGACGAGGCUCCUAACGCACUGGGUGAUGUCAGAGCAGUGGAGGUGGACUUGUGCGGUCACAACACACGGCGCUCCGAGUCCGGUCACGGGGAGACCACUUUCGAAGUAGGCACCCCAGUUCGCUCCAUCACCACCACUGCUACCGUCGUUUCCGCUCCUGCUAAUAGUCCUUUGGAUAUCCUCAUUGACCCCGAUACCGUUCGCACGGUCGAGAGUCCUCCACUAUGCGCUUUUGAAAUGGCACCUCUCGUGGGGCGGCUGUGUCUGGAGGAUCUCGAGGAGUAG